CGGCCUUUACUUCAAUUCCUUGCAUAUCCAACAUCCAAUCCUAAAACUACUACGUACGAUAUGGCGUGUAAGAUCGUAGUUGCCUUCUCUCUUCUGCUCCUUUCUUUGAUCAACAUCUCUCUGGGGGGAGAAAUCGCCAUAUAUUGGGGCCAAAAUGGGGGUGAGGGCACUCUAGCCGACACUUGUGCCACCAACAACUACAACAUCGUAAACAUUGCUUUCUUAACAACGUUUGGCAGUGGCCGGACUCCGGUCCUCAACCUCGCCGGCCACUGUGAUCCUGGUAGUAACCAGUGUACUGGACUCAGCGACGAGAUCCGAGCCUGUAAGAGCCAAGGCAUCAAAGUCAUGCUUUCCAUUGGUGGUGGCUCCGGAAGCUAUUCCCUUUCCUCCGCAGAUGAUGCCAGGAAUGUGGCACAGUAUCUGUGGGACAACUAUCUUGGAGGGCAGUCGGGGUCAAGGCCACUAGGGGAUGAAGUCCUUGACGGAAUCGACUUCGAUAUAGAGUCCGGCGGCGGCCAAUUCUACGACGAAUUAGCCAAAGCAUUAAAAGCGUUUGGAACAAAUGUCUUAUUGACAGCGGCGCCGCAAUGCCCAUUCCCCGACCAAAGCCUGCAAACCGCCAUAAACACCGGCCUCUUCGACUACGUGUGGGUGCAGUUCUACAACAACCCCACCGCCGCCUGUCAAUAUUCUGCCGGAAACACCGCCGAUAUUCUCAACUCUUGGAACAAUAACUGGUCAAACAUUCCCGCACAAAAAGUUUUAAUGGGAUUGCCUGCUUCUCAGGAUGCCGCCAACAAUGGCUUCAUUCCUGCCGAUGUUCUUACUUCUCAGAUUCUCCCGGCGAUCAAGGGUUCAACCAAAUAUGGAGGCGUAAUGCUAUGGUCUAAAUUCAAUGACAAUGGCUACAGCUCAAGUAUUAAGUCCGCAGUUUGAUCAAAACUAUACUACUUCAUUUGUGUUGUUCUAAUCUAAAACAUAAAUAAUGUUUCUCCUAUGACAACAUUAUAUUUUAUUGUACUAGCUUUUUUUGUACCUACUUAUGAAUUAUGAUGCAUCAAAGUAUACGAUA